CGACACGGUAAUUGUUUCUGGGGGGUGUCUCUUCUGGGCAACCGUUCUAGCCCCACAGCAAUUGAAUGAAUCAGAAUGUACCUGAUUGCCUCGUGUUCAAGCUCUCUUAUCUUUCAGUUAUCGAACUUCGAUUUGUAGGCGUCGUAUGCACUGGAUUCGCGUAAAAUGCUGUGCGAUUGUUGUAUCAAGCUCCAUCGAACUCUAUCGAUGGUGGUCCAAAGUCGCCUUUCUUUCCCAACGCUUCUCCAGGUCGACGAACACGAGGCUUCCAAUCCUGGGAUCACGCGAGUUGGUGCGUGUUCUAGCGGAUCAUCCCUGGAUUGAAUUACAGUGGCUGUUUGGUUCUUCAAGCGCCAGAGUCGCACAUAAAAGGCCGCGUCGUGGCCGCGAUCUCCGACCAUUUUCAAAACCACUCUCACCCACAACCUAUCUGCACCAUGGCAAAUCGUUCCAAUAAUGGCGUUUCCCCGGUAAACCACCAUUCGGAAUACUAUCUGAGAGAUGGUAAUAUCACUUUUCUAGUUGCAGACACACUAUUCCGUGUACAUAGACACUUCUUCGAAGUCGAAUCGCAAUUUUUCGUGAAGGAAUUUGAAAGGGCUCCCAAGGAGGGAACUUCCGAUUCCAGCGCGUUUCGACUCGAGAAAGUAACCGUCGACGACUUCGCAAAAUUCUUAUGGGUCUGGUAUAGUCCCUCGUACAGGCGCGAACACAAACCGAAAGAUCACUGGCUCACCAUCCUGGAGCUCUCGACAGUAUGGCAAUUCCCAGAGAUGAAGAAGCUAGCUGUCGACGAGCUCCAGAAAUUGGACAUUGAACCUAUUGAGAAGAUCACCACCUACGACAGAUAUCAAAUCGACAAAUCCCUUCUCUUACCCGCAUAUAAGCUCCUGUGCAAGCGGGCGGGCCGAAUGUCCAUCGUGGAGGGUGAACAGCUCAAACUGCACACUGUCCUCGGGAUACAAGAGGCUCGCGAGCGUGCGAUCAGGAGCGCAGCGGAGGGCGGGUGUCGUAGUCCGACCUCCGCUGAUGCGGACGAUGAGGAGUUGGAAAGGAUAUUGAUCGAUGUAUUCGGUCUUAAGGGUCACAACGCUAACCGACAGGGCACGCAGCCGUCAGGAAAACCAGACGAAGUGCCAAUCAUAAACACUCCGGGGCCGCGUGCGAAUGGAGGCCCCAAUGGUGCAAAGACGUCUACAUCAGGUUCGAAUGAGAAUAAACCGAAAGACAACAAAACUGGAGGAUCGGUAUGUAAUCCGACUCGCUAAACGUAAUCCACUGAUGCUGGAGAAAUGUAGGGGAAGAAAUUCGGCGCAUGACGAAGCUUAAGAUUACUCGGCUGUCCGCUCGACAAAAUUCACGGAGCAGACAGUGGAGCGUGUACUUGUUUAUCUCAUCAUUCCAGCAUUCAUCGAGUCAGUUACCGCAGCACUAGCCAUCUACUUUGUAUGAUACCAUAGUCUCCAUAUUCUUGUUCAGUUAUACACUCUGCAAUAUGCUAUCGAAGCGCCAGACUGAA